AUGAUAAAUCCAAAAUUGGACAAUGAAACAAAACGGUACUUCUAUGAGAGAUGCAAAGUCCUAUUCUUUCUCGGUGCGCCCAAUUUUUGGUAUAGUGAUUUGGACAUGCCAAAUUUUCUGAAGAAGAUCUACUUUUACCUAUCAAAGUUCAUGGAUGCAGCAGUAAUUCUGCUCAUUAUAUUGGAAUGGUUCGCGUUUUGGACGCAAAAUAAUUUGAAUGAGAAGCAAACAGCAGAUUUAAUCCUGUUUUCAUUUUCUCAUCCUGUAAUUUUUUCGUUCGUCUUGAGUCUGUAUUACUAUCUGGAGGAUAUAAAAGUGGUAUUGUAUAUUUUGACGCAUAAGUUGAAGGUCUUCAAUGACAAAGAGGUUGAGCGAGAGAUGGUCAAAAGAGCGAACAUUUUCUCGUACUUUUAUACUGCUCUUACAAGCAUGGCGCUCGUGUUCUAUGGCAUCGAUGGCAUUAUACAAGUUGCUUUUGCAGACGGGACCUUCGUCACUGUAAUAACGGUGUGGCCUGAUGUAAACGAGCAAGGCCUUCUACCUGACUUCGUCAGAAUCAUCAACUAUAUUGUCUGGUGGAUCUUCUUAUUUCGCAUCACAACUGUCUACGCAUUCGUCAUUCCCGUCACGGUGUGUCUGAGUCAUCAGUACAAGAACCUGUGCAGUUACUUCUACCAUCUCAACGACAUAUUCAAAGAAGAGCUAACUCAGGAAGAAAAGGAGAAGAAGUUUCUAGAAGGCGUCGUAGUCGGGAUCAAUUUACACGCGAACACUUUGUGGAUCAAAGAUGAAACUGUGAAAAUAUUCAGCAUUGUGUUCAGCGGGCAGAUAUUGGUGAACAUAACAGUACUGAUUCAGCUGAUGUCUCAGGUCAUUAGUUCAGAACACACUUUCGGAAAUGCUCUGGCGUCGCUCAGCACCACCUCGGCCAUGCUGAUCAGCACUGGUUGCAUCAUGUGGACCGCUGGUGACGUCACUGUUGAGGCUUCGAAGCUGGCGACGGCGAUGUUCAGCUCGGGCUGGCAAAAUUGCGCAGGCGCAAGCGAGCGGCGCGUGCGAUCCUUACUGCUCAUCGCAAUGUGGCAGAGUCAGAGGCCAGUGAUAAUAAAAUGCCUUGGCAUUAUAAGAGUAUCGUACGAGUCGUAUGUGUCGAUCGUCAGGUCAUCCUACUCGGUAUUUUCAGUUUUAUACUAG